ACCCCUCCCCGCUCUUUGCCCGAUGACCGGUUUCUCAGGCUGCUCGUCAACAGCGUCCCGUCUCUAAUUGGCCAAGAUCCGCGUCGCCUCCCACCUCCAGCCUUGUGCGUGGGUGCGCUCGGGGAGCAGACAUGGCCGUCCUCGGCGUGCAGCUGGUGGUGACCCUGCUCACCGCUACCCUCAUGCACAGGCUGGCCCCCCACUGCUCCUUCGCGCGCUGGCUGCUGUGCAACGGCAGUCUGUUCCGAUACAUCCACCCGUCGGAGGAGGAGCUUCGGGUGCUAGCCGGGAAACCGAGGCCCAGAAGCAGGAAGGAACGCUGGACCAAUGGCCUUCAUGAUGAGAAGCCACUGUCGGUGCCUAGAGACGCCCCUUUCCGGCUGGAGACCUGUCCCCUCACUGCUGUGGAUGCCCUAGUCCUGCGCUUCUUUUUGGAGUACCAGUGGUUCGUGGAUUUCGCUGUGUACUCCGUGGGCGUGUACCUCUUCACGGAGGCCUACUAUUUCGUGCUGGGCCCAGUUCAGGAGGCCAACAUCGCUGUGUUCUGGUGCCUGCUCACACUGGCCUUCUCUCUCAAGGUGUUCCUCGCGGUGACCCGGCUGUACUUCGGUGCCAAGGAGGGUGGCGAGCGCUCAGUGUGUCUGGCCUCUGCCUUCCUCUUCCUCCUCCUGGCCAUGCUGGUGCAGGUGGUGCGGGAGGAGACCCUGGAGCUGGGGCUGGAGUCAGGUCUGGCCAGUGUGACCCAGAACCUGGAGCCUGUUCUGAAGAAGCAGGGUUGGGACUGGGCACUCCCUGUGAUCAAGCUGGCCCUCCGCCUUGGGCUUGCGGUGCUAGGCUCCUUGUUGGGCGCCUUCCUCAUUUUCCCGGGCCUGAGGCUGGCCCAGACCCACCAGGACGCGCUGACCCUGUCUGCAGAUCGGCCGCUGCUGCAGCUGCUCCUGCAUACCAGCUUCCUGUCGCCCCUCUGCACCCUGUGGCUCUGGACAAAGCCUGUGGCCCGUGACUUCCUAUACCAGACACCCAGGAGGAACAUGACCUCUUCUCUGCCAUCAGAAGGGACCUUCGACUCCCUGCGCCUCUGGGUGCUGGUGGCGCUGUGCCUGCUGCGGCUGGCCGUGACCCGGCCACACCUGCAGGCCUACCUGUGCCUCGCCAAGUCUCGCGUGGAGCAGCUGCGCAAAGAGGCUGGCCGCAUCGAGGCCCGCGAGAUUCAGCAGCGGGUGGUCCGGGUUUACUGCUACGUGGCCGUGGUGAGUCUGCAGUACCUGACGCCCGUCAUCCUCACUUUGCACUGCACGCUGCUGCUCAAGACCCUGGGCGGCUACUCUUGGGCCCCGGGCCCUGCUCCAACCUCACCGGCCCCGCCCCAGGCCUCAGACACCUUCAUCUCUGUGGACCCUGCAGAGGAUGAAGUCCAGCAGACUGCAGCCCAGGUCGCAGGGGUUCUGGGCAGCCUGCUCACGCCCCUCUUCCUCCGUGGUGUGCUGGCCUACCUCAUCUGGUGGACCGCGGCCUGCCAGCUGCUCUCCAGCCUCUUUGGCCUCUAUUUCCACCAGCACCUGGCAGCUUCCUAGCGUGAUCCACCAGGACGGGGACUGUCUCCUAUGUGUGUGCCUUAGUGCCCCCAGAUGACCCAGGGGUAAGCGUGGGGACUCCCCACCACCUCCGUCACCUUGGUGCCUGGAUCAUGAAGCCCUUGAGUCAGGUUCCCCUGGACCUGGAGGCCAUGGUCCCGUGUGUGUGUGUGUGUGUGUGUGUGUGUGUGUGUGUGUGUGUGUGUGUGUGUGUGUGUGUGUGUGUGCGCGCGUGCGCGCGCGAGCGUUCAGGAUUUCAGUGGGAGGCUCCUCUCAAUAAAAGGGGUGGGCUACUUCUACAGAAAUACCCCAGAGGCUGAGGAGGGCAGGGGAGACAUGGCUGGUGAGGACUUAGGAGAGAGUGAUACUAGACAGGCGUGGGAAGAUGAGGAGGAGGUUUGAGACGGCCAGGGGAAAGCGAGGGGUGGGGCUGGCCCAGCUUUGGUUUUGUUUUGUUUUGUUUUUUUUUUCCGAGACAGGGUUUCUCUGUGUAGCCUUGCCUGUCCUGGAACUCACUCUGUAGACCAGGCUGGCCUCGAACUCACAGAGAUCCACCUGCCUCUGCCUCCCGAGUGCUGGGAUUAAAGGGGUGUGCCACCACCGCCUGACUAUGCCCAGCAUCUCAAUAUCCCUGGGUCUGUCACUAUCACUAGGAAGGAAAGAGACAAGGGUCACCAUGCCCAUCUCCCCAGCACACUGGGGAGGCUGAGGCAGGAGCAUUAGCCUACACUAGUAACAAGACCAUAUCUCCAAAACAAGAAGAAAAAAAUAAAGGGAAGGGAAGGAAUGUGAGCUGUAAGGAAGGAGAGGGAGAGAAAUUGAAGCUGUGAGCUGACAGCCGUCAUGUAUUUCAAGGCCUUGGUGACAGGGUCACCACCACCUCCAGAGCUGUCCUAUUGCUGUGACUUAGUGUGUGUACACGUGUGUUUAUGAGACAUGCAUGGCUUGCAUGACUCUUCCACAUAUGCAGAAUGUACAUUGAGAAUAAAACUGGAGGGCUCCCGCAGUGAUGCCCGCGACACUG